AAGAUGUACAAAUGGAUCUUAAUAUAACUAUAAGUCUUUCAAAUCGCAAUGACAAAUUAGAAAACAACAUUGAUGAAUCAUAUACAAACUUAAUAGCAACUGAAAUUGUAAGGCUCUGUGAGAAAG